GGAUUUAAUUGCACGACUGAAGCUACACAUGUCUUUGUAAUUAAAAAGUAGCAAAGUUUUCAAAAAGUUCAAAAUUGUACAUUUCUUGAGUAAUCUAAACACAUUUGUGCCCAUAUUUUCUAAUGCUUCAAUAAUAUAUUUUCCGUUUGCAAAUACUUAUUUUAUUUGCUCUUUGCACUGUGCUAAUAUGGUUAUGAGAAGAUCGCAUACCGCCAAAAAAUCUAUAGGCAACAAAAACUGAGGGAAUAUUUCGCUUUUAAAGUUAACGCUCCUUCAUUUUAUUGAGCAAACAAUUUAGUUGCAUGUAACAUACCCCAGAAAGAGGAGUUGUUUUUACAUUAUCGAUGAAACAUUUUAAGAACAGAAUCGCGGCUUUGUACUAAGGUGUUGUACACACAAAGUUCAACAAUGGCUGAAACCGCUGGGCGAAUACCCCCCGGUGCAGAAAAUCCGAACGAGCAACCACCAGUGCGUAAUGAAAUGAGACCGGUGCCAAAAGGCAACCCCCCGCGCUACUUGACCCAACCGGGUGAUCCCAUGAUGGAAGAGAAGCACGAUGACAUGGGACCCCUAGGACCUUGGGCUAGUGGUAGACUUGAUUGGCGUCCAACUACUGGCACAACGGGAAUCCGCCCGGUUGUCGACAAAUAUUCGAUUACAAAGUACAGUGAAGUCGAAUGGAGAAAGCGUAAUAGCGAAUUAAUCGACAUGGCUCUGGAGGGCGACAAGGAUGCAAAUUUAUGCGAUUGGAAUAGUCGAAAGUGCAUAGAGCAAACGCGAGCCGACGUAGAUAAAAACCAGGAGGAUAACACGAAGAGGCUAAACCAGAGAGAACAGGACAUUCAUCGAUGGAAAUGCGAAUUGGAAAUGGCAGUGGCUGCACUAUAUGAAGAAAUAUGUUUGCUCGAAGAGCAAAGGAAGCGUUUAAAGGCUGCGGGCGCAAUUUUGAAUAUUCCAGAAUCUAUAGUGGGCGAGUGCUUAGAAAGAAGAACGGGGAGAUUGGACUCCGAUUUAAUACGAGAUGAAGUUGAGGAGGAGUUAAUUAAGGAAUCUGCACUAGUAGCUGAGAUACGGCAAAUAUUUUCAGCUACUCUGAAAGAUAUCGAAACUCAACUAUCUGAAAAUAAAACUGCAAAGCAGAGACUAGAGUAUGAUUGGAGCGAUAAAGUAGUUGCGCAUAAAAUUGAGGGUAUCAACUGCGGUUUGAACAACAAGUCCAAGAUUAUCAUGUUCAAGCACGCUUCGGUUGCAUUUCCUUACGAGCAGUCUACAGAAGAACACUGGGAAAAUUUUACUCGAGAAACAUUACGGGAAGCCGAGGCAACUCGACAACGAUCUGUAACUUUAAGAGCAACUUUGGACACAAUUUUGACAAACGCUUCGAGGGAUUUGCGUUGUCAGGCCGAUAAAGUCGAGACGAGCUUAUCUCAAAGACUGGAAUGCAACGACCAAAUUAAGAUCAAACUUGAAAACGAACUUAAAAAAAUACUACAAAGAUUGGCAAAUGUAGAAGACGUAAUACGCGAUUUACAAGCCGCAAUACAGAGAAUGGAUAUUCCAAUGAAGAAAGCCCAAACUCGUUUGGAUAACAGAUUAGUGCGACCUAGAGUAGAAAACUGCCGGGACACUGUCCAUUUCGGAUUAAUAGAAGAGGUGAAAAUCAUUGGAGAAAACGUUAGUGCCUUGAAGGCGCAAUUAAAUACCACCGUGAAGAAUCAAGAUGAACUGAUCGAAAUAAGAAAUAAACUGGAGAAAGAGAUAUUUAUAAAAAAGAACUCUUUAGAAAUUGAUCGGGCCAGAAUUCAACUGCUAAGGUCACACUAUCCAUCGGCGUCCGAACUUUCUGGGUAUUCAACUUUACUGUAGAAUAUCAGU